AUGAGCGCCUAUUGGCACGAACGCGGCAACGUCGACGCGCACUUCCACCCGUCGGUCUCCGCUGGACCGCUAACCGCCCACGACUUGGACGACGUCGACUUCUCGUCCGACUUUGACGUCAUCGAGCGCGUCACGGACGCGGACAUCCACGCGCCUGAACGGCCUUGCGCGUCCGUCCCGAGUUCCGUCUCUUCUGCUCCUGUUCCGGCGUCGCCCCAGCUGCCAGGCUCUCGCUCGAUCUCGCAGCGGAUGUUGCGUCUAUUGCAGCGACAUCGCGGGAAAAAGGGCCACGCGGCUGCUGCGUUGCGCUCGCCAUUGGCAGCGGGAGCGAUUGAGCAGAGCGCCGACGACGCUAUGGAGGAAUCGCGGUACUCGCUCGUGGAUCACAAGACGCUGCGAUUGAGUACAGAUAGAAUGGCGGAAGGUGAUCCGCUGUCGUCGCGCUCGGGGACGUCGUGCACGGACCGACUGGAAGCGCGGAUUUCCCAGAGCUUUCUGACGCGGCGAGAGAGCCAGUUUGGACUGUUGGACCUGGAAGACGGGCAGGACGCGUCGCUUUUGUACUCGGGUAGGAGGACGUAUCCGGCCGAGUCGAUGACGCACAUGGACUACGCGAGACGGUCGAAUCCGGAUUGGAGCGCCCAUUCGGCUGCGUCUCAGGAGACGAAAAUGAUGAAAGUGCUGGAAAAAGAACGCGCUGCGAGAGUGUUUCAUGCUGUUCAGUCGAACCCUACGGUUGCGGCACGCGUCAAGAAAGACACGGGCGUGCGUUUUCACUUUCGACGAGGAACGCCAAUAGACAAAAAGGAUAUGCUGGCUGAGCGCAUGGGCAACUUGACGCUCAAUAGCGAGCAAGUGCGUGAUGAGCUGAAAACAGCGCUGGUGAAAGCGCAGUCGGUAAAGCAUGUGACGGACCUCGAGUACACGACAUUGGCCGUGCGACUGGCAGACAUUGAGUCGUUGGUAGAUGGAAUGGAGAAAUGCGUCAAGACGCCGCCGUUUUCGGCAUUUUCUGCAAACAUGCUGAACGAGAUGAAACUGCUUACACAGACGACCCAGCAAAUUCGUGCAAGUGGCACGACGCUGAUUUUGGCGCACGUGGGCAAGCACCAGAACGCAGAGUUUACGCACGCUCUCCGACGUCUGGUUGCGAGAGCAGCGUCGGUUCAGAAGCGCAUCAGUGAGCUCCUGGACGCAGCUUAUGGCGUCAAGUGCUAG